GCCGUGCCGCUUGGCCGGGUGUGCACGGGCAGUGGGGAGCGCAUUGUCCUCGCCGGAGAGCGGCAGCGGCCGAGCGCUUCUCCUUGCUCUUGCUGCCGUCAGCCUGCACCGGUGCCGGUGCCGGGCCGCGGGCACGCGCCGGGAUGCUGCCAUACCGGCUGUGCCUCCCCAGGGCCUGCCGUGAGCAGCAGAGGACGGUUUUUUGAAUGAAAAGUCUCUUUUAAUGCCGCUGGCCAGGCGCCGUCCAGCCGUCCUGCUGUGGGGAACAAGGAGGCGGCUGUGCCGGAGGAGGAGGGAGUUUGGUUUCCACCUUGUGCGGCGUUCCUGCGGCCAGUCGCCGGCCAGCAGCGGGGAGAGGUGCCCGGCAGCCGCGGGCACAACGAAAGAUGCCAGUGAGCCUCUCCACGGCCCUGCGCGUCGUCGGGACCAGCCUCUUUGCCUUGGUGGUGCUGGGGGGCAUCCUGGCCGCCUACGUCACGGGCUACCAGUUCAUCCACACGGAGAAGCACUACCUCUCCUUUGGGCUCUACGGGGCCAUCCUGGGGCUGCACCUCUUCAUCCAGAGCCUCUUCGCCUUCCUGGAACACCGGCGCAUGCGGGGCGAGGGGCGGCCGGUGCGGCUGGGGCGCUCGGUGGCCCUCUGCAUCGCCGCUUACCAGGAGGAUCCCGACUACCUGAAGAAGUGCCUGCGCUCCGUCAAGCGCAUCGCCUUCCCCGACCUCAAAGUGGUGAUGGUGGUGGACGGGAACGGCCCCGACGACACCUACAUGUUGGACAUCUUCCACGACGUGAUGGGCUCCGAGCACUCAGGCAGCUACGUCUGGAGGAGCAACUUCCACGCGCAGGGCGAGGGGGAGACGGAGGCCGGGCUGCGGGAAGGCCUGGCCCGUGUCCAGGCGCUGGUGCGCAGCACCACCUACUCCUGCAUCCUCCAGAAGUGGGGCGGGAAGCGGGAGGUGAUGUACACGGCCUUCCGGGCGCUCGGAGACUCCGUGGAUUACAUCCAGGUGUGUGACUCAGACACGGUGCUGGACCCCGCCUGCACCGCCGAGAUGCUCCGCAUCCUGGAGGCCGACCCCCGCGUCGGCGGCGUUGGCGGCGAUGUCCAGAUCCUGAAUAAGUACGACUCGUGGAUCUCCUUCCUGAGCAGCGUGCGGUACUGGAUGGCCUUCAACGUGGAGCGUGCCUGCCAGUCCUACUUCGGCUGCGUGCAAUGCAUCAGUGGGCCCCUGGGCAUGUACCGUAACGCCCUGCUGCAGCAGUUCCUCGAGGACUGGUACCACCAGACCUUCCUGGGCAGCAAGUGCAGCUUCGGGGAUGACCGGCACCUCACCAACCGCGUGCUCAGCCUGGGCUACCAGACCAAGUACACGGCUCGCUCCAAGUGCCUGACGGAGACACCCACCCGCUACCUGCGCUGGCUCAACCAGCAGACCCGCUGGAGCAAGUCCUACUUCCGCGAGUGGCUCUACAACGCCCUGUGGUUCCACAAGCAUCACCUCUGGAUGACCUACGAGUCGGUGGUGACCGGCUUCUUCCCCUUCUUCCUCAUCGCCACUGUGAUCCAGCUCUUCUACCGCGGCCGCAUCUGGAACAUCCUCCUCUUCCUGCUGACGGUGCAGCUGGUGGGCAUCAUCAAAGCCACCUACGCCUGCUUCCUGCGGGGCAAUGCCGAGAUGAUCUUCAUGUCCCUCUAUGCCCUCCUCUACAUGUCCAGCCUGCUGCCCGCCAAGAUGUUCGCCAUCGCCACCAUCAACAAGUCGGGCUGGGGCACGUCGGGGCGCCGGACCAUCGUGGUUAACUUUGUGGGGUUGCUGCCGGUGUCGGUGUGGGUGGCGGUGCUGCUGGGCGGGCUGGCCUACACCGCCUACAGCCAGGACCUCUUCAGCGAGACCGAGGUGGCCUUCCUCGUCUCGGGUGCCAUCCUCUACGCCUGCUACUGGGUGGCCCUGCUCACCCUCUACCUGGCCAUCGUCGCCCGGCGCUGUGGCAAGCGGCAGGAGCAGUGCGGGCUGGCCUUUGCCGAGGUCUGA